CGUACUAUUAUAAAGAUGGCGUUUAUUAAAGUGGAAAGUGAAGACAUGAGGAUUGAAGAGGAUUUCAGAGUGAAACAAGAAUAUGCUGAGGAACAAGCAGAUCUGAUCAUACUGAAAGAAGAAAGUCACGAACUGAAUGAAAUGGAAGAGAAAGAUAAGUGUGAGAAGCUUCAUGAUUUCAUAAUUGGAGAAAAAUCCCAUCAGACUGGAAAGACGUCCUCACGAAAAAGAGCUCAAAAGACAGAAUCUAACAGUUCUUUUACCUGCUGUCAGUGUGGAAAGAGUUUCAAUCAAAAACAAAACCUUGAAGUCCACAUGAGAGUUCACACCGGAGAGAAACCUUUCAGCUGCCAACAGUGUGGAAAGUGUUUCACUCAAAAAGGAAACCUUAAAAGUCACUUGAGAAUUCACACAGGAGAGAAGCCUUACACCUGCAAACUGUGUGGAAAGACCUUCACAGCAGAACCAAACCUUAAGUAUCACAUGAACAUUCACAAUGGCGUGAAGCCGUUCACUUGUGAUCAGUGUGGAAAGAGUUUCACCCGUAAAGUAACCCUCAAUUACCACGCGAGAAGUCACUCGGGAGAAAAUGGUUUAAUUUGUCAUCACUGUGGAAAGAAUUUCAGUCAUAAAGUAAGCCUCAAGACUCACAUGAGGCUUCACACUGGAGAGAAGCCUUACACAUGCCCUCAGUGCGGAAUGAGUUUCACAUUCAAAGCAUCCCUUGAUUCUCACAUGAGAAGUCACACUGGAGAGAGUCCUUACAACUGCAAAGUGUGUGGGAAGAGCUUCUCGCUAAAAGGAAAUCUUAAGACUCACAUGAGAGUUCACACUGGAGAGAAGCCGUUCAUGUGUGUUCAGUGUGGAAGAUGUUUCACACGUAAAGGAACCCUUAAUUGCCACAUGAGGAUUCACUCAAGAGAGGACUGUUUUAUAUGUCAUGAAUGUGGAAAGAGUUUCCCAGACAUGAAACACCUAAACAGACAUGUAAUAAUUCACUCCGGAGAGAAGCCUUUUAAAUGCCAGCAGUGUGGAAAGGGAUUCCAAUUCAAUAAAAACCUUAAAACUCACAUGAGAAUUCACACCAGAGAAAAAACGUUCAAAUGCCAUCACUGUGGGAAGAGUUUCAGUUAUAAAGUAAGCCUUAAGACUCACAUGAGACUUCACACUGGAGAAAAGCCUUACACCUGCCAUCAGUGCGGAAAGAAUUUCACAUAUACAGCAACGCUUAAUGCCCACAUGAGAAGUCACACUGGAGAGAGGCCGUUCAUAUGUGGUCAGUGUGGAAAGAGUUUCACACGCAAAGGAAACCUUAAUUACCACUUGAGGAUUCACUCAAGAGAGAACAGUUUUAAAUGUUAUCAGUGUGGAAUGAGUUUUACAGUCAGGAAUCACCUUAAGAAUCAUGUAAUAACUCACACCGGAGAGAAGCCUUUCCUGUGCCAUCACUGUGGAAAGACUUGCACAAACAAAGCGAAUCUUGAGGUUCACAUAAGAGUUCACACUGGAGAGAGGCCUUUCACCUGCCCUCAGUGUGGGAAGAGUUUUACACUUAGAGGGAAUCUUAAGACUCACAUAAGAGUUCACACAGGAGAGAAGCCUUUCACAUGUCUUCAGUGUGAAAAGAGUUUCACAUAUCAAAGAGACCUGAAACGUCAUUUGCAAACUCAUUCUGACAAGAAAUUACAGUGUUCCGAGUGUGGAAAGGGAUUUCAGAAAAGUAGCAAUUUCAAAAAUCACCUGCACAUUCACUCCGGAGGGAGGCGGUUUCAUUGUCAUCAGUGUAAUAAAACAUUUCUUUUGCCUUCACACUUACAGAUACACUUGAAGAGUCAUGCAGAUGUGAGACGCUAUUUGUGUUCUGUGUGUGGUAAGAGGUUUAAAUGGCUCAGCGAUUUAAAAUGGCACCAGAAAAUACGUAUCUGUGUGAAAUUGAAAAUUUCACCUCAGCUGAAUGCGGGCCAAAUCUGAUUGUCCAGCUUCGUGACCAUUUGCCUCCGUAUACUUUGUCUUGAGGCUUCUUAUUUCCUUUUGCCAUGUACAUAUGAACUUUUGUGGCCAC